GUGUGUGUGCUGACAGGGACCUUCUGUAAUGAUAUUCAGUUUGAUGACCAGCGCUGCAGGGAGGACAGAGACAGGAGGCAAAAGAGAAAAAAAGUGGCAGAGUUGGGAAGACGAAUAACACAAGGAUGUGUUGAACAGUCAGAUAAAAAGACAACAAAUCAACACUCUGAGAAGGAAUCAGCGGCUGUGACAGCGGGAAAGCGUCAAAAUGCAGGAGUCUCCAGGUGCCAUGGGUGUAGACGGCAGCUAUGCCAGCAACGUGCCAGCCUUUCUCACCAAGCUGUGGACCCUGGUGGAGGAUCCGGACACCAACCACCUCAUCUGCUGGAGUUCUACUGGGACUAGUUUCCAUGUCUUUGACCAGGGGCGUUUUGCGAAGGAAGUUCUGCCAAAGUACUUCAAACACAAUAACAUGGCGAGUUUCGUUCGACAGCUCAAUAUGUAUGGUUUUCGUAAGGUGGUGAACAUUGAGCAGAGUGGUUUGGUGAAACCUGAGAGAGAUGACACCGAGUUCCAGCAUCUGUAUUUCCUUCAGGGACAUGAGCACAUGCUGGAGCACAUCAAGAGGAAGGUAUCAAUAGUAAAGAGUGAAGAGACCAAGGUUCGCCAGGAGGACCUCAGUAAACUGCUGUAUGAGGUGCAGCUACUUCGAACACAACAGGACAACAUGGAGUGUCAGAUGCAGGACAUGAAACAGCAGAACGAAGUAUUGUGGAGAGAGGUGGUCUCUCUGAGACAGAACCACACACAGCAGCAAAAAGUCAUGAACAAGCUGAUUCAGUUUCUGUUCAGCCAGAUGCAGUCGAACACACCCAGCAAUGUGGGCCUGAAGCGAAAGCUGCCCCUGAUGUUAGAUCAUGGCUCCCCCAGCUCUCCUGGCCCCAAAUAUAGCCACAAUCACUCGGUGGAGCAGAUGCAUGAGCCCUUCUUCAUCCAGUCGCCAUCCAGUGACAGUGCUUCUUGCUCAAGCAGUGGCCUGACGGGAGGACCAAUCAUAUCAGAUGUUACUGACAUGUCCCAAGCCAGCAUGACCCUCCACAUGCAGCCGGAUGAUGCACAGGAGAAAUGCAUGAUGCUCAUUAAAGAGGAGCCUGUGAGUCCUGGAGUAAAGGGAGGGAAAGGAGGAGGUGUGGGAGGUGAGGCUGUGGCCCUGGGAUCCUCCUGUGAGGUGUGCUCCACAGAACCUCCCAUUCUGCCUGUAGCAAUGGUCCAGUCUGUUCUGGAGGGGAGGGGCUCGGCUGCCUCUGUAGCAGAGAGGAGGAGUAAGAGACCUGCUCUAGACAGAGUUGAGAUUUCAGAAACAGUGGAAAACGUGGAUAUGAGCCUGGAGGAACUGCAGCAGCUGCUGCUCAGGAGUCAUCAGCAAAGUUCUGUAGAAGCUGGGACCAGCGCCAUCAUGGACCCCUUCAGUCUCAACAUGCCUCUGGCUGAGUGGAACUUCACAGAGGUGGAGUCCAACCUCAAGUCAUAUAUGUUCCAAAACCAAGAAGUGGAGGCUUUUCCAGUUGCCGGCUGUGAGGAGCAGUGAUCUGUGAAGUGACCACAGAAGCUGCUGUACCUUUCAUUAUCCCUCUGAAGGCCUGGAUAAAUGGACAAAGCCUGUAUAUAUUGCUGCCUACAUUGAAAAACGAUGCUGGUCAACAUUUUUUACAGCUACCUGCUGGAUGUAAACCACACAUUCUUGGCUCCAGCAUUUAUUGUUUGCGUAAGAAGGAGUUUGUGAUAUGAUAUAUUUUUUAAUUAUUUUAUUCUUAUAAAAGUAUUUCAAACUUUUGUAAAAUCAUUAGUUUUGUAGAAUUUCUAAAGGCUUCUCAAAUGCAAACCAUGACAGAAAUAUUGAGAUGAAUGUGAAUGAAGCAUUACUAAAAUCUU